AUGGCCCCGGCGAUGUACGCGCAGAUCGCAGCCCCGAGCCCCGAGGGGUUCCUGUGGUGCAUGGCGUGCGUCUCGAUGUCCUUCUUCCUCUUCUCGUUUCAGGUGCACGAGAAAUCCGCGCUGCUCCCGGCGCUGCCCGUCUCGAUGCUGUGCCUGAGGGCGACGGGGCUGGCGACGCUCGCGCCCGUGCUCGUCUGCGUCAGCAUGUGGCCGCUGCUGCGAAGGGACGGCCUCGGGGUGGCGUACGUCGGGUGCGUGGUCAUGUUCGUCGCCCUGUUCGGCGACGGAACCGCGCCCGAACGGCGCAAGCCCCCCCCGCCGCCCAGCCCGAAGAGGCGUUGGCUCCCGGGAUGGAUACCGUCCCCGGGGAAGCGACGGACGACGCCGGGGGGCGACGGGGGGAACGACGACGCGAGGGACGGAAACGGCGGCGGCGGCGGCGCACGACGUCACGAGUGGGCGGGCGCGGGACCGACGGAGCGGAGGGGGUGGAUCGUCGCCGGUCGAGCGCUCGCGGCGGUUGCCGUCGCGAGCCACGCGUGGGAGGCGAUCGGUCCGCCGCCGCCGCCGUCGCUGCCGCACCUGCACGCGCUCGCGUUCACCGAGCUCGGGUUUGUGGGGUUCCUCGGGGUGUACGCGUACUGCUACGUCAGGCUGUGGGCGUGCGCGCGCGACGUCGGGGCGGGGAAGCUGAAGGCAAACUGA